UACGGUGAUGGUUGUCUGGUUGUGUUUUGGGUUAGCACAAAGGCUGUCAACUACUGUCACUGUUUUCAGGUUAUUAGUGUGCAGCUGCUGUAUCCUCUCUUGAGACAUCAGAACUGCUUGACAAUGAGUUUACCAGCAGCGCCCCCGAGUUAUGCAGAGGCCACAGCUGGAGAUAAGGAGGCUGGGAUCUCCUCCCCUCACUAUGGAGGUCCACCUCCCAUGAUGCCGCCACCUCCUGCCAUGCACCCCAGCUGGGCUUAUGUGCACUCCGGCCCCAGCCCUGGCUACAGCAACCCCUAUGCAUCAGACAUGUCCUCCCCAUUUUCGGACCCCAGCUCCAGUGGCAGCUUUGAUGGUCUCGGAGGAAGCAGCUGGGAGGACAAAAAUGUCCGCCGGAUGUUCAUCAGAAAGGUGUUCAGCAUUCUCAUGGUGCAGCUUUUGGUGACGUUUGGUGUUGUUGCCCUCUUUACAUUCUGUGAGCCCGUUCGGCAGUUUGUUCAGUACAAUCGCAUUGUCUAUCUGGCAUCUUACAUGAUGUUCAUGGGGACUUAUCUGGUGCUGGUGUGCAGCACAAGUGCCCGACGACAGUACCCUACCAAUCUCAUUCUACUCGGAAUCUUUACUCUUGCCAUGUCCUAUAUGGCAGGCAUGCUGGCAAGCUACCACAACACUAAGGUGGUAAUGCUGUGUGUGGGCAUCACGGCUGUGGUCUGUCUCGCCGUCACUCUCUUCUGUUUCCAGUCCAGGGUUGACUUCACCUCCUGUCACGGCCUGCUGUUCUCCCUCAUGAUGGUGCUGAUGGUGACGGGCCUGGUGCUGAUCUUCACUGCUCCCUUUGGCUACAUCCCCUGGUUGCAGACAGCAUAUGCUGGACUGGGUGCCUUGGUCUUUACACUGUUCCUGGCGUUCGACGUGCAGCUGCUGAUGGGGAACCGCCGCUACUCGCUGAGCCCGGAGGAGCACGUGUUCGGCGCGCUCUGCCUCUACAUGGACAUCGUCUACAUCUUCUUCUUUCUGCUGCAGCUCUUUGGGAGCCGUGAGUGAGCCGUGAGUGAGCCGCGUCUGACGCCUUCAGCCCUCAGCCUUGACCUGUCUCUUGACCCUACUCUAUACACACACACACACACACACAUACUGUACAUGCACGCGCGCACAUACACCCAAACACACACACACACACAAUCAAAUAAAUUAACUUACAUGAACUGUUGGUUGCAAACACACACACACACACACACACACACACACACGUUCACUUUUAUUUGCUCCCUGAGGAAUGCUGGAUGAUAUUCGAUCUCAUGAGCCGCUGAUGAUCGGUGGUGCACUGGGGUUCUGAAAAAUAAUAGUUUGGUUUGGUUCGGUGUUAUCUCUUGCUGUUUGUGCGUGUGUGUGUUUAUUUCUGAGUUUGGAAGGAUGAGUCAUGUUUUUAAAGCUCAAGCAAGGCAGCCUUUUAUGGGUAGGGGUACACUGCGUACCUGGCUUUAAAACACACAUGCACAAUGUGCGCGCGCACACACACACACACACACACACACACACACACACACACACACACACAUAUACAUACUCACACUCAAACACGCGUGCAAACCCCUAAACUCUACUGUCCUUAAGACAAUCAUAAUCAGUUUGAAGAACUGGACGACAGGAGUUAGUCAUCAUUUAAAAACAAGAGUGUCCAGCUGAAGCGGCUGUUUUGUGUUAGCCAUCCAGGUAUCACCAAAGUGAACAGUAUUCAAGGGCCACUUGCAGCAGAUAUUGUAUAAGCCCAGCAUGCAGUUGCUUGUCAGUUGUUCCGUUCUUGUAGGGAGAGUGUGUGUGCAAACUCAGUAAUACUCAUGCCAAAUGACCACCGAGGCCCAAUGAACAAACUCCACUUGUUGCAGAUCAGAGUGCUGUCAAGAUAGAGUGUGUGUUGGCGGUAAUUCUGUCCACACGCUGAGCAUAGAAGGAGUAAAUACAAAGGCAGGUAGACAUUAUCAGAACAUUUCAGACAUUUUCAGACAAGUCAGGUGAUAGUAUAUUGAUGUUUAAAGCUGCAAUAUGCAGCUGAGUCUAGAACUGUCCAUGACGCCACAACCAACCUCUCCACCUCCAUCCACCUCUUCACCCAGCCCAAUCAUUGACUUUGAGUUUCUCUUGGCCUCUGAUUGGUGCAGGGGUCGAUGCAAAAUUUGAGAAUGGAUUAUCUCUGUUGUGCUGCCCAGGCUGUCUAAUAAGCCUGGUGAACAGAGGCAUGAGUCAGAAAGAUGUGCUUUUGAGCUCAUUUUUAACAAAACGUACACAAUCCAUGCUGUAGUCUAUACUUAGUACAAAAUCAUUCUUGAAGGGAACUUACUGUAAAGUAGGUAUACCAACCGAAUACAUUAAAUGAUAUAUAAAUGUCUAGGAGGAGAAUUUGGGUGCUGAAGUGGAGAGACCACAACAAGUUUAGCAUUCCUCUUGGCUCAGCUGCAGGUUGUUUUACGGGGACACUCUUUGCAAGCGUGAGGUUCUGCAUUGAGGCUGAGUUAAGGAAACCACUGGCUGACACACACAUUCCGAUUAGGGUCCCAUCUUCGUGAAUGUCUGUAACGUGGAUUCCUAAAGUGUUGUCCAUAGAGCAAUAACCUGUCCAAGCCUUGCCUUGCAUGCAGACCUUGUCGUUUAAUGUACUGUUCAGAGUUGGACCAAGUCCAUCGGUUCUGGCCAGUAGACACAACUCCCAUGAUGUCACUUAGAGCAUGGCUAGGUAGAUAACCUUAAGUGUGUGAGGACGUAGAGUGUCUAUGCUCAGAUCGGUGGGGAAAAACUUUAAAGUAUUAUUGUACAGUGCCUAACUGUGAAUAUUUUGGCAUUAAUCAAGACGUUUUAAUUCGUUUUUUAAAUAUGAUCUACAUUAUUUCAAAUGUUAUACAUCAUUCAACAGAAUCAUUCAGACUUAUUCCAAAGCUCCUUUUAAAAAAACAAACAAACAAAAAAAAAAACAAAUCAAGGUGCAGAUGAUUCACUUUAACCUGAAUAUGUAAUCAUUCCUGUGCUGUAGUUGGGUUGCAGAGGCUGUUAUAUGAUUGUCAUGUAUUGAAGUGUAUUUUUUGACAUGUUGAGAUUGCUGUAAAGGCCACAAAUACUACUGUAAGGGCUACCUCUGUGGUUCGCCCUUUCAUCCCGUGUCAUUGGGCUCUUUCAUAGAUAUUCAGUGCAUUGCUGUAAUAUUCUCCCUGCCCUUUCAGAAGGGCCCUGUUCACAGCACUGCAGUUCAUUCACUCCUUCAGUUCACCUGCUGUAUGCCAUCGCAACUCAGCAACAGCUCUAGUGGUCUAGUGGAAUUUUCCCAGUUGAGUUAAGGUGAUGAUGCACAGCGCAAACCUUUUGAGUUACAUUGAUGGGUAGUUUUGAUGACUGAUGCUGCUUUGGGCAACGAUCCAUUAAUUUAUAUGGACAACUUUGACCAUCAGUGGCAGCUUUUCAUGACCUUCCAAUCUGAUAACUAGGAACAGGUCACAUAAUUGCCCGGCAACAAUGCUCAAAAAGUUACCCCAUGUUUCACCACCUUUAAGUCUUUCGACUUAAGAUAUUCUAAUGAUAGGAAUUUAGCAUAAUGGUUUAUGCAUUAUCAACUAAUUACAGCAGCAUCUUAAGUGAUAUUCUCCUUUACAGAAAGUUAUACUUUUAUUCUUGUCAUUUAUUUAUGGGAAUGGGAUGAUGGAUCAUGUAGCUAUGAGAUUGAAACAUUGAUUGAUAUCAGCGACUUGCUGGAUUUGUAUGCUACUGGUAGAAAGAAACCAGGCCAUGAUCUUGUUGAAUGUGCCAAAUGCUUGGCAGAGAAGGGGUGUGUAUCUCUAUGUAACACUGAGAGUGUUAAUCAUAGUUUCUAUAUGCAUAUAACCAUGGGUCUAACCUUUGUUCCUUUCUUUAAGGUUUCCAAAACUAAGGGCAGGUGUAAAAUAAUAUUUUAAGACAUUUCAAAUUCCAUUCCUUGUGUGGGUUGAGAGUAAUAUUUUGUUAGAACUUCAGCUCUUAAUGAACAAAUGUAUUUUGUCUGUUGUGCGGGUCUCCCUAUAUAAAUGUGCAGUGUGUGAGGGUUGAAUAUGUGAAGUCUAUUUUUUUUUCUUAGUCUCUGCACUAAGUCAACCAGACCAUCAGUUUGUAGUACCAAAGACUAGUGCAUGAAGAGUGUUGUAUCGUGUGCUCUACACCAGGCCUGCCCUGGGCAGGGUGAUCCCACAUACAAUAGAAGCAGUCUAAUUCACCAGGUCCUCAACACACUGAUACAUUGGACACAGGGAACUAUUUUUGUAGGGGCCCUUUUGUAUCCAUUGGUCCUGUGGUGAAAUAAACGAAUGCUUCACGAUGGAAA